AUGUGUUCCAGACAAAGCUCCGGAGGCUGCCAUGGGAUGUCCUCCCAGUCCAGCGGGUGCCACAGCGGAGGCUCCAGUUGCCACGGGAGCGGCUCCUCCAGUUACCAGUCCCAAGGCUCCUCCUGCUGUGGGGGUGGAGGGAGCUCCGGAAAAGUCAUCAUCACCUCUGGUGGUGGAGGAGGGGGAUCUUGCUGCAGUGGGGGCUCCUCUGGAUAUGGGAUAGGAGGGGGAUACGGUGGUGGAUCAUCAGGAUCAAAGAGCAUCAUUGGAGGGGGAAGCAGCGGAGGAUGCUCAGGUUAUGGCAUGGGAGGAGGGUACGGUGGUGGCUCUUCAGGAUCAAAGAGCAUCAUUGGAGGUGGAGGUAGUGGAGGUUCCUCUGGUUACUGUGGUGGAGGAUCUUCGGGUUAUGGCAUGGGUGGAGAAUGUGGUGGUGUGUCUUCAGGAACCAAGAUCAUAUUGGGAGAGGGAAGCAGUGGAGGUUCUUCCGGAUGCUGUGGUGGAGGAUCCAGCUAUGGGAUGGGUGGAGGGUACGGUGGUGGAUCCUCAGGAUCAAAGAGCAUCAUUGUAGGUGGAGGUUCCUCUGGAUGCUGCAGUGGGGGCUCCUCCAGCUACGGAAUGGGUGGAGGAUAUGGUGGAUCUUCAGGAUCAAAGAGCAUCAUUGGAGGUGGAAGCACUGGGGGUUCCUCUGGAUGCUGUGGUGGAGGAUCCAGCUAUGGGAUGGGUGGAGGAUAUGGCGGUGGAUCUUCAGGAUCAAAGACCAUCAUUGUAGGGGGAGGUAGUGGAGGUUCCUCUGGAUGCUGUGGUGGAGGAUCCAGCUAUGGGAUGGGUGGAGGGUACGGUGGUGGAUCCUCAGGAUCAAAGAGCAUCAUUGUAGGGGGAGGUAGUGGAGGAUCCUCUGGAUACUGUGGUGGAGGAUCUUCAGGUUAUGGCAUGGGAGGAGGGUACGGUGGUGGCUCUUCAGGAGGGAAGACCAUCAUUGGAGGUGGAUCCUCAGGAUGCUGUGGUGGAGGAUCCAGCUAUGGGAUGGGAGGAGGAUGCAGCAGCGGCUCCUCGGGCCAGACCAUCAUCAUCAGCUCUGGAGGUGGCGGCGGAGGCUCCUCCCAGCAGAAAUGUCCCAUUGUCAUCCCCAGCGUGGUGUCCCACCAGAGCAAGCAGAGCUCCUACUGGCCCUACGGCCAGCAGAAGUAA